AUGCUAAUGUCAGAAGAACCAAAACAAGAGCAGGAUACUCAUAUCAAUUUGAAGGUUACUGAUGGAAGUUCGGAGGUGUUCUUCAAGAUUAAAAGAACUACACCUUUGAAGAGAUUAAUGGAUGCUUUUUGUAAAAGACAGGGUAAGAGUAUCGAGAGUUUAAGAUUUUUGUAUGAGGGUCAAAGACUUACUGCGGAUUCAACUCCAGAAAGUUUGGAUAUGGAGGAUGGGGAUUUGAUCGAGGCUCACAGAGAGCAGGUUGGAGGCUGUUGA